ACUUGAUACACGCGUAGGUAUAUUAAAUUUAAUUGCGAUCUAUUUGCUUUAAUGGUAAUGAUUUGCAUCGAAAAACUUUUAUAUUUCGGUCACAUUUCGAAUCAUGUCUUUACGUGAGUUUUAACGCCAGUAGGAUAUCUUGUUACUGAAGAUUAGAAUUAUUGUUUUGGAGCCCUCCUGUGCUAUCCUGCUUUGUUGGUGGUAAAAACUAAUCAAGAAAAAUUUACUGGAAAAUGACUUCUUCAAAUUCAGCCAUCAGUGUUCAAAAUAUAAUCAAAUCUUAUGGAUCAAAAGUUAUUCUAGAUGGAUUUUCUAUGAAUGUUGAACGUGGAACCAUAUAUGGGUUACUUGGUUCCAGUGGUUGUGGUAAAACCACAUUAUUGAGCUGUAUCAUUGGUAGAAAAAACGUCGAUACUGGUGAAAUAUGGGUACUUGGUGUGAGGCCUGGAGAAAAAGGAAGUGGUAUUCCUGGACGCAAGAUUGGGUACAUGCCUCAGGAAUUGGCAUUAAUCGACGAAUUCACCAUCAAAGAUACCAUGUACUAUUUUGGCACUAUCUUUAAAAUGAAAGAGAAAGAUAUUGAACAGCAAUUUCAUUAUCUCUCAAAAUUAUUAGAACUUCCCGAUGGAAACAAAUUACUGAAGCAUUGCAGUGGUGGACAAAAAAGACGAGUAUCUUUUGCCGCCGCUAUUGUUCAUAGUCCGGAAAUUCUUAUUUUGGACGAACCGACUGUGGGCGUUGAUCCUAUACUGAGGGAAAAAAUAUGGGCUCAUCUGAAAUCUUUAGUUGCAACAAAAAAUAUAACAGUAAUCAUUACAACUCAUUACAUAGAAGAAACUAGAGAAGCAGAUAAGAUUGGUCUUUUGAGAAAAGGCAAACUUCUUGUCCAAGGCUCACCGAAUGAACUGCUUUCCUUCUACAACAAAGAAAGCUUAGAAGAAGUCUUUUUGCUGCUAAGCCAGAGACAAGACGAGAGUAAGCUUAGUUCGGCAGCAAACGGUAUAAGUACUUUAGGUAGCGCUGCAUCUUCCACUUCUUCAUCAAUGGAAAGUUUUGUUGCAGGGUAUGGAUCAAGAGAUGCUUUAACCAACUCAAAAGAUAAUGCUAAAAGUGAAAAAAUAACAUAUAUGUCAGCUAUGAGCUUGGACAAAAGACGGAUGAAAGCUCUUCUUAAUAAGAACUGGAAGCAAUUUUAUAGAAAUUUUGGAGGAAUCGUUUUCCUUUUAUUGUUUCCCAUCUUUCAAUUAUGGUGCUUUCAAAACUCAAUAGGUAAAGAUCCACUUGAAUUAAAUUUAGCCAUAGUUAAUGACGAAAGUCAGACAAUUUCUUGCGAUGAUUUGAACUGGAACCAAACUGUAACACUCGGUUCAAACCAUGAAUGUCAUUUUAGGAAUUUGACUUGUCGGUUUUUAACUUAUUUGGAAAAUCCUAUGAUCAACAAGGUAUUGUACGAUUCAUUUCCUGAAGCCCUUGAAUCAGUCAAACAUGGAGAUACUUUGGGAGUUCUUUACAUGCCAUCAAAUUUUACAGACGCCUAUGAAGAAAGAAUACAUUUAGGCACAGACUCUCACGAAUGGACCGUAGAUUUUGGUGAAAUUAAAGCUCACAUGGAUAUGUCAAACAGACUAACAGGAGGUGCUUUAGCAGCUAAACUUUUGUUUUUAUUUUUGGAUUUCCAAAAAGAAUUAUUUCUUGAUUGUAAUUUGGACGAAAAAUUAGCCCGAAUCCCGAUCAAAAAUAAUUUUCUAUAUGUCGAUAAUCAAAAGCCUUUGACUAUCUUUGUAACACCAGGAAUGGUAAUAAUGUUAAUUUAUCUUCUGGGCACCACGAUGACCUGCCAAAUCAUCACUCGUGAAAGAAUAGAAGGAGUUUGGGAUAGAUCCAUAAUAGCUGGAGUAUCUGCGCUGGAAAUAACUUUAUCGCAUUUAAUUCUUCAAUGUUGCGUAAUGCUGGUAGAAUGCCUAGAAGUCCAGGUUAUGCUUUAUUUUAUAACAGAAGUGGAAUUCGUUGGGAAUAGAUGGAUUAUUUUUGCAUUAAUAUAUUUACAAGGGGUUGCUGGAAUGGCCUAUGGGUUUUUGGUGUCAACUGUAUGUGAGGAUUCUACGCAAGCUAAUUUAGCAUGCACGGGAGGAUAUUUGCCGCUGACAUUGAUAUGUGGUAAUGUAUGGCCAAUAGAGGCUAUACCAACAGUACUAAGAUGGAUAUCAAUGGCAACACCCUGUACCAUCCCUAUUAUAUCUUUCAGAAAUAUAAUGUCCAAAGGAUGGUCACUUUGGCAUCCUCAAGUAAUUAACGGUUUCGGUAUACUUUUUGGCUGGAUAUUAUUAUUUGGAAUCGGUAGUGUUUGGGCUAUAAAAAUAAAAAGAUAAAAUGAUAUAUUGCAUGUAGUUUCAUUUCUAAUGCUUGAUUGGAC